AACAGGAAGAGAAAAUCCUUUCUGGAGAUACUCCUCUUCAUUGUCUUACCCUAUGGAGGAACCAGCCCUGCCCAUCCACAUUGCGGAGGGGAUAGACGUUCUGACUGAAAACAAAACCAUGGCAACAAAGGAGAAGCUGCAGUGUUUGAAAGAUUUUCACAAGGAUAUCCUUAAACCGUCCCCUGGCAAGAGUCCUGGGACACGGCCUGAGGAUGAGGCGGAGGGAAAGCCACCCCAACGGGAAAAAUGGGCCAGCAAGAUUGAUUUUCUGUUGUCCGUAGCUGGAGGGUUUAUUGGAUUAGGCAAUGUUUGGCGAUUUCCGUAUCUCUGCUAUAAAAAUGGCGGAGGUGCAUUUCUCAUACCUUAUUUCAUUUUUCUGUUUGGGGGAGGUCUUCCUGUAUUCUUCCUGGAAGUGGCCCUAGGACAAUAUACCUCUGAAGGAGGAAUUACAUGCUGGGAAAAGAUCUGCCCUAUUUUCUCUGGAAUAGGUUAUGCUUCCGUAGUGAUUGUGUCUCUUUUGAAUGUAUACUACAUCGUCAUCCUGGCUUGGGGAAUGUACUAUCUAUUCCAGUCAUUUUCGCACACUCUGCCAUGGGCUCAUUGUAAUCAAGAAUGGAAUACAGAAUACUGUGUGGAAGACACCCUCAGGAAGAACAAAACACUGUGGCUGUCACUCAAUGUCACUAACUUCUCAUCUCCUGUCACAGAAUUUUGGGAGCGGAAUGUUCUGGGGUUGACUUCAGGCAUUGAUGAACCUGGUGUUCUCAAAUGGGACCUGGCUCUUUGUCUUUUCCUUGUCUGGGUGAUUUGUUUCUUUUGCAUUUGGAAAGGUGUGAAGUCAACCGGGAAAGUUGUAUACAUAACAGCAACAUUUCCAUUCGUCAUGCUUUUGGUACUCUUAAUCCGUGGUGUCACUUUACCUGGAGCUGCAGAGGGCAUCAAAUUUUACCUUUAUCCGGACAUCACUCGUCUGUCCGAUCCAAUGGUCUGGAUAGAUGCUGGCACACAGAUCUUCUUCUCCUAUGCAAUCUGCUUAGGUGCAAUGACUUCACUGGGGAGCUACAACAAAUACAAAUACAACUGUUACAGGGACUGUUUGCUGCUGGGAUGCCUGAACAGUGGUACCAGUUUUGUGUCUGGCUUCGCAAUUUUUUCCGUCCUGGGCUUCAUGGCACAAGAGCAAGGGGUGGACAUUGCUGAUGUGGCAGAGUCAGGUCCAGGUCUGGCUUUCAUUGCUUAUCCAAAAGCUGUGUCCAUGAUGCCGCUGCCAACUUUUUGGGCUAUUCUUUUCUUUGUUAUGCUUCUGUUGCUUGGCCUGGACAGCCAGUUUGUUGAAGUUGAAGGGCAGAUCACAUCGUUAGUUGAUCUGUACCCAUCCUUCCUAAGGAAGGGUUACCGACGGGAAAUCUUCAUUGCUAUAAUCUGUUUCCUCAGCUAUCUUCUGGGACUAACUAUGGUGACUGAAGGUGGCAUGUAUGUGUUUCAACUCUUUGACUACUAUGCAGCUAGUGGUGUAUGCCUUUUGUGGGUCGCAUUCUUUGAAUGCAUUGCUGUAGCCUGGGUUUAUGGCGCUGACAAUUUUUACGAUGCCAUUGAAGAUAUGAUUGGUUACAGGCCUGGUCCUUGGAUGAAAUGGAGCUGGAUUCUAAUCACACCAAUUCUCUGCGUGGGGUGCUUCAUAUUUUCUUUAGUCAAGUAUACCCCCCUGACCUACAACAAGGUCUACAUCUACCCUACAUGGGCAAUCGGUCUGGGUUGGAUACUUGCUCUUUCAUCUAUGAUCUGCAUCCCAUUGGUUACAGUUAUCCGUAUCCUGCAGUCGGAUGGCUCUCUCCUUGAGAGGAUAAAGACAAUGGCUGCUCCUCGUGAGAUCACGCGGUGGGACAAAGAAACAGAGGUUGCUGCCACGUUCGGCCCUCCUGGCCUGGCCAACGGAGAACUGAUCAAGCCAAGUCAUGUCAUCGUGGAGACAACAAUGUGAGCUCUCUCUAUGAGAGGAGGACACCUGCUUUAAAACUGCUGUUUACUAACCAUAGAAUCUUUCAUAGGACCAGGUUUACAGAGCUUUAUAUUUGCACUAGGGUUAUUUUUAUUUCUCAUAGAGAAAAGUAAUUUUUUUGUGUGUUUGGUUUUUAUUUUUUAAUAUUUUGUAAAGUAAAUCACAGCAGAUGGCUGUCCUGCUCUAUUUAGAAACAGAGCUUUCAUAUCAAAUUAGGCACACUGCAGGAAUUUAUCUUCUAUUUUUCCACACAGCAUAUCUAACUAACUUUUAUUCAUACGGCUACUUUACCAUUUUUAGUUGAUUUUUCUUGCCAACAAUAUACCCAGGCGCAAUCCUAUGCAUACUAUCUUGCAAAUAUGCCUCAAUAACCUAAUGGGACUUACGUCUGGGUAGACAUAUGUAAGAUUGUGCUGAUAUGUAUACAUACAUGUGCACGUAUACAAGUUUUAGGUUUCUCUGGGUGUUGAUAUGGUUGGGGACAGGGUAUUGCAAAGUUUUAUUUUGGACUUUUUUUUAACCAAAAAGGAAAAAAAAAAAAGCUCUGGCAUUUUAGAAACUGGUUUUUAAGGUGUGGCACUAUCUUCUUCUGGUAGAGACAGGAAAAAUUAAAGAAAGUACAUGUUUUUAUGUUAUGUGAGUGAGCCAUGUGGCAAUAUAUUUAUGUGAUAAUUGGAAGCUGCAAUAUUGUAGCUGCAAUUGUAUGCCACCCAAAGUCAUUUUUUUUUUGGUAAGAUGGAUGACCAUGUAAAUUUGAUAAAUUAAUAAAUAUAAGAUGGGGUUGGAACUAGGGGAAUAAUCUGAGCAGUUUGUGAAUCAGGCUCUAAGAAGGUGGCAGAAUCAUUCUUGCUGGGAAGGCAUUUUAACUGAUAAUCUUUUGGGGACAGAGGAGACUAUUUCUUCCAUCACCGGAGGAAUUGAUUCUACAUUCAUUAGCAAGGACAGUUUCUAUGCAGACUUAAAUACAGACUACGGUUGAGUUUCUCAUAGAUUUAGAGAGAUUAUCUAAGAGUUGAUGUAAAAUACUGGUAAGCCUGAAUCUGUCACCUAUUGUUAUCUCAGUCUUAGACAGGAAUAUAAAUAUGAUAGUGUAAUCAUGUAACUAAAGAAUGUAACAACUGGCCCAUUCUUGUAGUCUGCACCUGAGAAAUAAGUCAUUUGGACUUCGAUUUUGUUAGAAAGUUAGGUUAGUGUUGGAAAACUCAUUAUAUAAUGGUACAUUUACAAAGAUGCUGCAAACCAUAUUUAAAGUCACAAAUUUGCCAAACUUUAUCUUUGUUAGAACGAAAAAAGGAAUAUUGGGCGUGUAUCAUAGCAGUCAGCUAAGUUGCAUAGCGGUGAGUGCAGAUGGAAAAAAACGUCAACUAGAACCUAUCGAUGAAGCUACUGAAACAAGAAAUCACAGUGCAGUUGAGGAAAAGUAGACUGAUAUUCACAGGCUUAAACUGUCGUCAUUUAUAUUGAUCCAAGAAAACGCAAGCAGUUCAAGUAAGCUGUAAAUUUAUUUUAGACUGAACAAGGCAUAAAAUACUUAAUGGGAAUUGUAUUGAUAAGUUAAGUCCCCCACUUUUCCCAAAAUGAGGAUUUGCCUCUGGAAAAGUCACCCCGAAUCCUGCAAAGCUUACGUUUUGUUUUCAAUCUUCAUUGAGUAGUGGCUCAAUCCUUUUCCAUAUGGGCAUUGAUCUUGGGGGAAGGGUGCCCCCUUUAAGCUUUAUAUUGGUAGUAAACACAAUUUGAGCAGGAUUGUGAGCCAAAAAUAGCAAAACCCCUUUCCUUUGUAAUUGUCUGUCAAUCAAGAUACUGUAGUUGAAACUGGAACUUAGCCAGUAUUUAAAAACAUUCCUAUAUGCUUUAAGAAAAGGAAAGAAAUUAAGAAACAGUUUAUGUCUUAUGUUCUCUAUGGCCACUGCUUAUGCAUUAUGCACAUACUUGUUAUGUUAGUUUUAUAUAUAUAUAUAUAAAUAAAAGAACUGUAAAUAAAGGACCAAAACAGUUAUUUCAGGUGUCUUGUUUAGCCGAUAUUUGUUUGUGGAUGGAGUCUGUGAUUUAUUUUAUUUGAGGGAACAGAGCUUGCAGUAUAUGCAGGUGGCCAUGAACAGAACGCUUUGCUUUCUUGUUACCAAGAGCUGAUAAGUAAACACUUCCAGAGUACAAAUCCUUUGGAAAUGUUUAUCUUCAUACUAUACUGAAAAAUGGCCAGUAAAAAGGUUAGUUACAGAAGAAGCAAGGAAGCCAAGAGAAGGCUACUGUUUGGCUUCGUUUUUUAAUCC